AUGUGCUCCGAUUUAAAUUUUGAAUAUUGGGUCAUCACGACCACCGACAGAUGGGACGCCCUUGAUUUUCAUAAAGCAUGGUUAAACAGUGACUACCCGAUGAACAAAGGACUGGUAAUAAAAACUUUAAAGAGCCAAUUGCUUUGGUACGAAACCAAUAGUUAUGACAAAGAAAAGGCCAAAGCACGAGAAAUUUUAACAAAACUUUCGGAUGAUCUUAAAAGAAAUGGUCGCUUGAGUAAAUUCUGGAACGAUUAUGAUAUGUAUCAUGAGGAUGUAAGUAUUAACGAUAAAUACGAAAAUCAUGAAGAACAGAUUAUGCAUUCAAAUUUCAUUUUAAAAGAGAUGAUCGCGAAAUUGGAAAUAGAAAACGAGGAAUAUGCAAGAGCAAAUCUUGUGCUGGCCGAUUUAUUAAACGACAAUAUCAAGGAAAAAAAAAUUUUGACGGAUAAAGUGUUAAAUUUAGAAAAAGAGUUGGUUUCUUUACUGUCCAAAGAUAUGAUAAAAUUUCAAAACGGCCAUCCCAGUGAAAAUCAAGGAAUUUAUACUCAAUCUAAAUGA